AACCAGUCAGCAUAAAAACAAGCUUUCACAAAUCACAGUCCGGCUUUUGGUGGAAUUUUUGUAUUUGGUGAACGUGACUAUCACCGGUGGCGCGGGCGUCUAACACUUUCUGUUACAUUUGAUAAAGCUCGUUAUAAAUUUAUUUUUCCGUUUCGUCACUUUCGUGUUUUACUCUUUGUUUUCUCUCCAGUGAAACUGGUUAUAUUUGCUAGACUCUUGGUGUGCGCUAGUCCUGUUUCAAAUUUUGACAUUUAUGCACUUAUUGUUAGUAAUCUCCGUUUCAUGGCAAAAUGCCUGCGAAAGAUGGAAAGUAUCAGCUGACAGUAUGGAAAGGCAGCUGGGAUAUACCAUCGGUGGAUCCAGAAUGCCUGCGAGCCAUCACUUUUGCUCGUUUAUCCGACGUUCCUGUGAGUUUGAUGGUUGACAGCGCUCCGUGGAAAACCGCCAGUCAGACCUAUCCCAUUCUCACAAUCCCAAACGGAUACGAGUACCACGGAGCUGAAAAUGUCGUUAGAUUUUUGCAAACCGAGGGGUAUCGUUGUCCGUACGAAGCAAGCCAGAUGACGAGCUACGAAUACGCCGAUGCCUACGCACUGGAAACAUAUCUUCGAUCAGCAUUGCUGCCCUUGCUUGAUUAUUUGUGGUGGGUGGAUGACGAAGUCUUUCGGCAUGUGACGUUGCCGUUUUAUCAGAAGGAACUGUCGUAUUACGGCCAGUUCGUGUGGAUGCAUCAGCAGCGGAAGAAAGUCCGAGCGCGACUGCAUUUGACUCCAGAUGCCUUGCUCAACCCUGAUAAUGUUGAUCAGAUUCGUUCGCAGAUUAUGAAAAAAGCCAAGCGGUGCCUGGAAGAUCUUUCCGUCAAACUGUCCGAUAAAACCUUUCUCUUUGGAUUAAAGCCGUCCGCGGUGGAUGCAACCGCUUUCGCCUAUCUUUCAGUGAUGUUUUAUGUGCCUUGGAAGAGCAAACAUUUAAAUAAAGAAUUCUUUUCCGAUCGCGAGACCACCGACAAGUUCCGUAAUCUCAAAGCAUUUGUUGACAGAGUUCGGAAGCGAUAUUUGCAAGAUUGGUCAUUCGUUGUCGAAACGGUAGUGCAUCCAGUUUACUGGUAUCAUCGAUUUCUUAACAAAAUCCGAGAGCACUCGGACACAUUGGUCUUCUUGGCAGCAGCUGCGGCGCUCAAUGCCUACCUCUUCCGGCGCACCAUCAAACGGCUACGAGUAUGAUUUGCUUUCAGCCGUAAAGCGAUUCCGUUUCGUUGGCCCGGACUGGACGAGCAUGCCCGCAAUAAGAUGCAAGAGUACUCGGACAUGAUCAAGAAUCUGGGAAUACCUGGAUAGUUGCCCCGUCCGAAUGGUUGAUGCGGACUUGCGGGAAGCGCGUUCGACGUGUGAGCGUUGUAUUUUGUGUUCAAUAAAACGACAGUUCUAGUUUUGUGUUUGAUUGAUUGCAAUGAAAAGCACACGGCGCAUGUCUUGCACUUGAUUUUCUGUUACGAUUCAGGACCAACAAUUCUUUGUUUUGUUGUCUUCGCUCCGACCUUGCUCAGUUACCGGUGGCAACGCUCGUUGUUCAUUCGUGUUUUGUUUGCGUGUUCUUUCACCGCUCUCAUAAGGUCUUCGAACAACGUGUGAAUAAAAGCGAAACGAAAGCGAAA